GCCCCGGUUCCUCCUCCUCCACCUCCUCCCCGGGCGUCCGGGACGCAGAGGUACAGUUGCGCCCGCUGGAGCCCGAGCAAUGCGAGCCGCGGGCCUGGGGGAGCGCCCGGGGCGGGAGCUGCUGGUACUUUUGGCCGGGGUCGGGGUGCUGACGGCCGCCUCGCCCCCAGUCCCGCCGCUCUUCAACGUGAGCCUGGACGCGGCGCCCGAACUGCGCUGGCUGCCGGUGCUGCAGCACUUCGACCUGGACUUGGUGCGCGCCGCGAUGGCGCACAUCCUCGGGAAUAGGGUCCCCAAGUGGGUCCACACGUUGCUUGGAAAAGAGGUCCAGGAGCUGGCUCGCCUCCUGCCCCAGCCCUUCGUCUGCGAGAUCCGGGGCAUUUGCGAGGUCCUGAACCGCAACCUGGUCGACUGCCUGCUUCUCAACCUGGUUUACGAGUACAGCGCAUUCUGCACCAGUAUUGUGGCUCAAGAUUCCAAAGGCCACAUUUAUCAUGGACGUAAUCUGGAUUAUGCAUUUGGGAAUUUUUUACGCAAAUUGACUGUGGAUGUGCAAUUCUUAAAGAAUGGUCAGGUUGCAUUCACGGGAACGACGUUUAUUGGCUAUGUAGGAUUAUGGACUGGUCAGAGUCCACACAAGUUUACAGUUUCUGGCGAUGAACGAGCCAAAGGCUGGUGGUGGGAGAAUGUGAUCGCUGCCCUUUUUCAGAGACACUCCUUGGUCAGCUGGCUCAUCCGCACGACGCUGAGUGAGUCGGAAGACUUUGAAGCAGCUGUUUAUAAAUUGGCCAAAACACCCCUGAUCGCUGAUGUUUAUUAUAUUGUUGGUGGUACGUCCCCUCGGGAAGGAGUGGUCAUCACGAGGAACAGAAAUGGCCCCGCAGACAUUUGGCCUCUAGAUCCUUUAAACGGAGCGUGGUUCCGAGUUGAGACAAAUUAUGACCACUGGAAGCCAGCACCUGAGAAAGAUGACCGAAGAACGCCUGCCAUCAAGGCCCUGAAUGCCACCGGCCAGGCAAACCUCAGCCUGGAGGCACUCUUCCAGGUUUUGUCGGUGUUUCCAGUUUAUAACAACUACACAAUUUAUACUACAGUAAUGAGUGCUGCUAACCCAGAGAAGUACAUGACGAGGGUCAGAAACCUGGGGUAAACAUGAUUUCUUAAAAAUGAAAUUCUUGAAGAGCUGUACUUUAAAAAACAAAACAAAGUAAAAGGAUUGUAUUACUUUAGGAACAAUGCAGGUCUCUUCCUCAUUAAACUUUUCAAUCUUGUGAAGUGGGGGCCAGAAGUCCCCUCUGGAGCUUGUUUUCGUAAAGUGGGUAAUAGGCUCUUGGAUUAGCUUCCCUUCAUCAUUUGCCUUGACCUUCUCUAAGCUUUGUCUCAAAGAUAAGUGGUCUCAGAGUCCAAGCCCUAUCCUUGGUCUUUGUUUCCCGCUUCUUAGCACAACAUGUGACAGUGUUGUCAUACUUCAGCUUAUGAAGAAAUGAGCUGGCAAGACCUUUGUUUAUUAUGAAGUGCUUCUGGAAGAGUCAGAGAAAAAAAGGUUAUUCAAAAAGAAAUGGAGAACUGUGGUUUGAAUAGAGCCUGUUUGAAUGUUUGUUAGUCUAGCUUUGAUCAUGUAUUUCCAAUGUGGUGGGAUUCUCACUUUUCAUAAUUUGUCUAAUGUUUCUUUAAACAGACUGAUGGGCCUCCUUUUUCUAAAUAGCUACUUUCUUACUUCUAUUUGAAAGCAAUAUGAAACCAAAUUAUGUCUGAUUGUCACUUUUUCAUUUAAUAAAAUGUUGCAAGAGAUGUUGGCGAGGAGAAUAAAAUUGUUUUCCAAGAUACUGAA